UGUCUGAGAAGGCUUCGAAAAAUCGGUGACUGUAGUGUGUGGUGUUCCCGAGGACUAGAAAUAAAGACAUAUAAAUAACGACGAGGAGUUUUAAUACCGCGUUUAAAUAACGCGGCCAAUAACGUCCAUUAAUUGUGUAACAACUUACUACAUAUAUAUUUAAAUAACAAUAAUAAUAAUAAUAUAUAAAAAUAUAAUUGACAGUGUGAAUGACAAAAACGGUCGUGACGCCGCCCACACGUCGUCGUCGUCGUCGUUAACGCGAGCUUGGCUUUCGUCGUCGCCCCCGCGGGAAAAUGGUCUGCACGACGAUAAAUUAUUAAGUUUUAACUAAUGGUAAUAUUUUAUUUUAAAUAACAACAACAAUAAUAAUAAUAUUUAUUAUUAUUAAUAUUUAUCACAGAAAUAAUAUUAACCCCAAAAUGAUAAUAAUAAAACAAUUAUUUCUGUAUCAGUGAGUACCGUUUAGUUUGACAAUUAUAAUACGAGAUUUAACGUGACGUGAAAGACGAGCGGAAGAGAGUGCGAGUGGUGUUGAGGUAGGAGAGUAAGUCUCCAAUCGUGCGUAAGUUAGUGAUAGAGAAAUAUCAUACACUGAUACUAAAAAAAAACUGGUGUUUAAUUAAAAAAUUACCAGAUUAAAUUUAAAAUUAAAAGUCAAUGUGAAAAAAUUGAGUGGUAAUUUUUUGAUGGUACUUGGAAUGAAAUAAAAAAAAGUAUCAUGUUAAUUUAGGUGUAACGUCGUAGUAAAUAAAUUUUAAAAUAAGUAAAGUCAAAAAAACGAAGCAGUGUAUUGCGUUACUUUGAGAGAAAGAAGUAGGGAAAAGGUGCGACGUGGGCGAUCAGAAUUGAGUACGUCUGUAUAAUAUUUUUGAUACAGUCUAUUAGAAACGACAGUUGUAUUGAGUUAACGCACCAUCAUAGUCACGGUUAAGUGUUUCAGUGUCCUAGAAUCCUAGUGUGUAAAGAAAAUUUUAAGUAGAAGAAAAAUAAAAGAAAUACAUAAAAAAAGUAAAAAAAAGUAGAGGAAAAGAAGAAGAAAAAAGGCAAUCUUCAUUAAGUGUGUGUGGCUAUAUAAUUGUCGUCGUUAUCAUCGUAUAGUAGGUUGUCCGUGCGCGGCGCGUUACUAUAAACCAUUCUAAAAACGUUGAUUCAUUCUGGUGCUCUUCUUUUUGGUAUCUACUGCAGCACCCUCUUGCCCGCUGGUUCUAUGUAUGUGUAGUUUCUUGAUUAUUAGCAAGUGCGCUGUACCGCCGUUUCUUUUUUUUUUUAUCGUUGUCAAGUACCGAUGAUUAUAAUAAACGUACGACAACGAAAACAACCACAACGACGGAAUUUAAAUAUACAAUAAGGAAAAUUUUUAAAUUAACAAGGAAAUUUGAUUUUUAAAAUAAAAUAUUAAAAGACAAUCAUCAGGACGAGUGCUACGAGGUAUUUUUGCCUCAGUAAGACUAAGAUUAUCAAUAAUAAUCAGCAGGUACAACAGAAACGGAUCACGGAAAUACGAAUCCUUAAUUCCAGACAAAAGUAAUUUUAUUUUAUUGUUUUGAAUUUAAUUGAAGAUUUAGUAACUUUAUAGUUUUAUGUGUUUAGGAGUAAAAAGGUUGAUUGACGUGAUAUUCAACUGGGUGUUUUACGUACGAUUAAAUUAACUAAGUACUACUCUACCGAUUGAGUAAGGAAGAGCGUGUAAACGGAGAGACAAGAGAGGCUAUACCGUCAUAAUAAUAAUUUUCAUCAGCAGUUAUCGUUGGUAAAAUAGCUGAUGGGUACGCGAUGUGAUAUUGGCUGUCAUUGAUGUACGUGAUAUUUAAUACAACAAGUUGGAUUAAUAAUUAUUAUUGCAAUAAUAAUAAUAACAAUAGUAGUAUUGAUAAUACUAUUAAAACAACUACGAAAAAGUUUGAAUCAUUAACAUCAAAAGUUAAAGAGCUAGUGUUGUGUUUUUUAAUAAAAUUGUCAUUGUCACGAGGAAUAAAUCACAGGUCGUACGAAUUUGAUUUUGUAAAACCGGAAGAGACAAAGGUGGAGGUGGUGGGUUGCAAUUCAGAAUGAGCGGCCGUCCAAGGACCACCUCUUUUGCUGAGGGGACUAAACCCCCCGCGAAUCCGCCCCUGGGCGGCAUGAAGAUCAGCAGCAAGGAUGGCAGUAAAGUGACCACUGUGGUAGCAACACCUGGUGCUGGUCCAGAUCAUCCACAGGAGGUAUCAUACACUGACACUAAAGUUAUUGGCAAUGGGAGUUUUGGAGUCGUAUAUCAGGCUAAACUCUGCGACAAUGGUGAAAUGGUAGCAAUCAAGAAAGUACUUCAAGAUAAAAGGUUCAAGAAUAGAGAACUCCAAAUAAUGCGACGACUGGAGCAUUGUAAUAUUGUUAAGCUUAAAUAUUUCUUCUACUCUAGUGGUGAUAAGAAGGAUGAAGUUUAUCUCAAUCUUGUGCUGGAAUAUAUACCAGAAACAGUGUAUAAAGUUGCGCGGCAUUACAGCAAGAGCAAACAAACGAUACCUAUGAGUUUCAUUAAGCUUUAUAUGUAUCAACUGUUCCGAUCGUUGGCAUAUAUUCAUUCAUUAGGAAUUUGUCACAGAGACAUAAAACCACAAAAUUUAUUACUUGAUCCAGAAAGUGGUGUAUUAAAACUCUGUGACUUUGGUUCAGCAAAACAUCUCAUUAGAGGAGAGCCUAAUGUGUCUUACAUCUGUAGUCGUUAUUAUCGAGCACCAGAACUCAUUUUUGGCGCUAUUGAUUAUACUACAAAAAUUGAUGUAUGGAGUGCUGGUUGUGUAUUAGCAGAAUUAUUACUCGGUCAACCAAUAUUUCCAGGUGACAGUGGUGUUGAUCAGCUUGUGGAAAUAAUUAAAGUUCUCGGUACACCGACACGCGAUCAAAUUCGUGAAAUGAAUCCGAACUACACAGAAUUCAAGUUUCCACAGAUUAAAUCCCAUCCUUGGCAAAAGGUAUUCCGAGCACGUACACCACCAGAAGCAAUGGAUUUAGUAUCUCGACUUCUUGAAUACACACCGCCAUUACGAAUAACACCGCUAGCUGCAUGUGCCCAUCAGUUCUUCAAUGAAUUACGAGAGCAAGGAACAUCAUUGCCAAAUGGCCGCGAAUUACCACCUUUAUUUAAUUUUACAGAACAUGAAUUACGAAUUCAACCUAAUUUAAAUUCACAAUUAAUACCUAAAUAUAUGCGAUCGUCGGAAACGAGUACCGAUAGUGGACAGCCAGCCGAAACUACGACAACCACUGCAUCUGCCAGUGGUAAUUCAACUGAUAGUAAUGUUAACACAACAACACCUUCCGUCACACAAAAUUUAGAUGCUAAUCAAUCGACCAUGGCUUGAAUAAAAGCUAACUAAAACAUUAAAUAAAUAAAUAAUAAAUUUAAAAAUAAAAAUAAAUAAUAAAAAUUAUUUUUCAUCGUUACGACUUUGGAGAUUUAUCAUUUAGAAAGAAAAAAAAGUACACAUCCUUAUUGAACGGAUAAAUCAAUAAAAUUUAUUAUUUAUUAUAUCUCAUAGACUGUGAGAUAUGGAUGCCCCGUUGUAAAUUGAACUCAAUUCAAACUAUAAAUGAUUUAAAACUGAUGUAAAAUUACUUUUAUUUAUAUUUGAGACUUUUAUUAUUACAAAGAUAUAUAUCUAUAUCUAAAAUUAUUUCUUUUUUUUUAAAUAAUUAGUUAUAGUAAAAUGAGCAAUUACUUAAUUCACGUAGCAAUUAAUUUAAAGUAAUUAUUACAUCAGUUUUAUCAAGUGGAUUGAAUUCAGUGUAUAUAUAAUAGAAAGAACUGGUAUGAGGCCUCUUAAAAAAAAAAGGGUUUAUAUAUGCAAAUAUAAUACUUGGUUAAAGAGAGAUGUGUUAACGUAAAUAAUGUGGUGGUAGUACGUUAGAAUCGUUUGCGUCGUCUUUUUAUCGAGUUUUGUUUGGACAAUUUAAAUAAAAAGUAAAUUAAUUAAUUAAAAAAAAAAAAAAAAA